AUGAUGAAAGACAUGAAAACGGCACGAUCGGCCAUAUUGGCUCUUGCUUUGCUACUCCUUCUGCAACUCUGCGCUGCUGAGGAGUGCACGGAGGGGAUGGAGCUUCCUGCCGAGAUGAGUCCACUGCACUUACUGCAACAAUCAUCUAUGGAAUGGCAAGCCGAUACACAGAAUGUGAGUAAUAAUAAUAAUAAUAGUAAUAAUAACGGGAAUAUGGAUGGGGAGUGGCAUCAUGUCGGUGCGGUGCGUGUAGUCUCGCCGGCGGGAGAACGAGUAGUGCGAGUGGUGCUCCAGCCGCCGCUCGCCACACUACACUGUGAAGAGUCCCGCAGUCGCACCGCUAAAUUCCGUCGUGGUAGUUGUACACUACAUCCAACAGACAACACUGAAGAUGAUGUUAUCUUCCACUACCGCGUGGCUCAGCGAGCGGCGGGUGGUACGCACACUUACGUUGGUACUCUUUGCCGUGAUAGCAUAGAUGAUAGCGCCGCAGUCGCAGUGGGAAGAAUCACAUAUACUGUAUCCGAUGGUACUACACACACUGGCGGUGAAACUGGUACGCUUCUUCAUCUGCAGUUUGGCUCUACAAGAGUAGCGUGGUUACCCGCAGCGCUGCGGCUCACGGGGUACACACACGAAGAAGCCGAACGGCGGCGAAUGCGGCGUCGAGUGGCAUCAACACCGUUGGAGCGUUGGGGAUAUCCAUUGUUGUUUGUAGCAAUACUGUACGGCACUCUCAGCGGACUUGCGUGGUGGGUAAACCGACAGAAGCGGCAACCCCACACAUCAGAUGGAAAACCAAAGCAGGCGUAA